AACAAGUUAUCAAAUAACAUUCCUUUAUUAGGAUAGUCUAUUAUAAUAGGAUUUAGUUCUACUCAAAUACUCUUGUGCAAUGAAAAUAAUCACAAAGUGGGCAAUAUUAUACAUAAGUUGCAUUGCAAGUAAUGUUCCAAGCUAAGAAACCAGAUGAUGUGUGAUCAAACAGUUACAUUAUACAGUAUAUCAUAUUACAUAUAAGAAUGAAGAAACAAAUGUCAAAACAUCGACAUUCUUAACAUUACAGAAAACAAACUGAAAGAGACAAAAUCAUGAAAGAAGAAGAGACAAAGUGUAAAGCAACUGUAGGUGAAAUUCUUAAUACAUUUGCAGACAAUACUACUGCCCAUGGGUGUGGCUCGAUCAGCAGGUCCAAGCAUAAGUUAGGGAAACUGGUAUGGAGUGUAAUAUUUCUGGGAUGUAUCUGCACUGCAUGUCAAGGAUUAGUAGCUAUUUUUGUGACAUACUUUGGUUACCCUACGACAGAUACAGUGACUCUAGAACGCAGAGAAUUGGAGAUUCCUUCUGUAACCAUAUGCAGUCUUUUCCCUUUUACGAUAUCAUCACAGAUGACAUUACCUGUGCCUGGUGCUGACACAAAUCUCGCCAAACUUUUGACCCUCUUCCAUGUGUACCACUAUGGCACUUUUUAUGGAGAGCAUAAAGAUGAAUACAGAAAGCAUAAGAAUAGAAUUAAUUCUUAUGCAGCAUUAUUUGAGAAUGUUGAGGAUGACCAAAAGCUGUUAUACACACAUGAUCUGUCAAAUAUGUUGGAACAAUGCUUUUUUAAUGGUAAACCAUGUGACGACUCAUUCUUUUCAGAAAUAGAAAAUGCCAAUUACCAAAAGUGUUUCACCUUUAAUGGAGCUGGUUUGAACUUGACAGAUAUGACAGCCUUGGCCACUGACCCUAAUAAUGGCCUAAGUAUGGUUUUAUUUCUGGAUGCCUAUAAGGCAAACUACACACUUCCAGGUGGUAUGAUAUACAACCCAGAGAACCCAAAUAGUGGAACCACAGGCAUCCAUGUCACAAUACAUUCUCCGCAGACUAUGCCAUUUCCAACUAUUGAGGGCUUUGAUGUACCUCCUGGCUACUCAACAACUAUAGGUUUGACUCCUGUGGCAAGAGAAAGGCUUCCAGAGCCCUAUGGUGUUUGUACAAACCAGGAAUAUAUAGAGGGAACCCAGUUCAAGUACUCUGAGUUGGGUUGUUUAGCUCAGUGUGUUCAGAAGGAGAUGAUGGAUCAAUGUGGAUGUAUAACUGCCUAUUUGCCAUACCCUAAUGACACACAAGGUAUGCUUUACUGUGGUGAUCUGAACCUUGAUAAUUUUCUCAACCCACUUGGACCUAAUAUUACUUUAAUGGAUGAUGACUUCAAUAGUCUGGAAUGUGAGGAUAGGUUAAUGAUGCUUGGGUUUACUGACAACAUGACAGAACGAUGUCCACUAUGCCUGCCAGCUUGUAAUGCAAUGAAAUAUGAACAGACCAUUGCCCAAGCAUUAUGGCCAUUCAAUUACGUCCAGGGAAAUUUUCUAACAAACACCCUCGUCUAUGGCCCUGAUAACAACCAAACACGAAGGUCAUUCAAGCUUUUCGAAGACCUGUUGGCUGACUGGCCAGCUCAAAUGGAUUAUAUUAUAAAUACAGGAAUGGUUCGUCAGAAUUUCCUUCGUGUCAACAUCUACUUUAAAGACUUUACCGUUGAGACUACAAAACAGACUGUUGCUUAUGGUCUCAAUAACAUGGUGUCUGAUAUCGGAGGAACACUAGGGUUCUAUGUUGGUAUCAGCGUUGUCACCCUCUGUGAGUUUUUAAACCUGUUCUGGAUGAUAAUUUGUGCAUGUUUGCGGAGAUGCAAGUCAGCUGGGGCAAGAAGGUCUGAUAACGUUGAAGUUAUCCAAGUGAAGGAGGCAAACCAAUCCACAGAUGGUAAGACACAAUAUGACAUUGAAUUUACUAAAAAUCUGGCUCAUCUACAUAAUGACACUAUGCCACGGAAUGACUUCUCAAGUGCUUUUAAAUACUAAAAUAAGCUCCACCUUUGAAUUUAGUAUUUUGAAGAAAUAGUGUCCCUACAGAUGGAAUUUUGUCAGGAGGGCCAAAACUGUAAUAUAAUGCUUAGUGAUAUUGAUUUCUUCAAUGUGCAAUAAUAGAGGAUUGCUUUGCUUAAGUGGCAGAGAUGGUACCAGUUGCUCCUCUGUAUAUCUGACUGUUUCAAAAAUGAGGCUAAUUUAUGCACCAACAAUAUGUAUUUGCUUUGAUGCAUUUACAUGUACAUAAUAGUGUGAACUUUGUAGAAAUUAAGUAGUGUAAAUUAUAAUGAGCUCUAUUUUGCUCUACCUGUGUCAAAUAUAUUUUCUCUCCUUAUUUUAGAAGUUUGUAAAUUAGUUUUUUCGCCUGUGUUCAACUUGUCGAUAAUCUACAUCUAAUGUAUAUUGGAAAAUGAUUUUUCAAUCUAGUUCCUUGAUAAUCAGUAAGUUAACCAUUUGCAGCAUAUCAUGAUUCCUGCAAUAUUCUAUCAUAGAUGAUUGCAAUUGACAAAUUCUUAAUGAAUUUUAGAAGAUGUAUAGAAAUAGGAGACCAUUCUAAUAUUGACCAUGCAGAUGGGACCAUAUAAAUAAUUUAUCUCAUUUUAAUAUUCAUUUUUAUCCUAAACUUAGAGGUAAAUAACAUAUGGGAAUAUAAUCGAUAUCUGAGGUGAGUGGUUGAUAUAUAUAUAACCCGCUCAUCAGCAAUCCCCGGGAAUUUCAUUCUUUGCUUUUUGGCUCUAUUGGAGGGAUACUAAUUUCAUAUACUGUAAAUAUUAAAAGCUGUUGAGUUAAAAAAAAUAACAAUAAAUGUUGAGAACUUCAAAUUGAGAUAAAGUAUAAUUCAUCUUUUGAUUGUUAUUAUCAUUUGCAAUUAUUACAUUAGGGUUCUAUUUAACAUUCAAUGCAUACUUAAUCCUCAUAAUCUACUAAGUAUAGGAUAAAUCAGAUAUUAAAUGCUUGAUUUUUGAUACAGGAUAUAUUACCCUUGGUAAAUACAAUAUAUUUUAUUUCCCUCGGAUAUAUCCUGUAUCAAAAACCUCCCAUUAAAUAACCUCUUGUAUACAUGCUUCAACAAUGAAUCAUUGACCAUACCCACUUUUUAAGAACUACUACGUAGUAGGGCAAUUUGUACAAUAUAAACUUAAUGUUAUAAUAAUUGCACACAUAUGAUUAUAAAAACUACAGUAGUUUGUGUAAUU